CCGAAUCUACCUCUCCCCUCUUGCGCUUUCACCAGUGCAUCAAGAGACGGUAGCUCAAGAUGGAAGACACACAGGCAGAUGCUGACAAGAUACGGGCGAAGCGUCUGGCGAAGCUAGGUGGCGCUGGGUCGAGCACCACCCGCCCGGAGACUGCCAAUACCAACUCGAACGCAGAUGUGCCCACCACUGCACCGACGACGACAGAACCACCGGCAGCGACCGCAGCAUCGUCGACUAACGGCGCCGAUGACAAGCCAGCCACGCCACCGAUCGAUCGCAGCAAGCUGCUGAGCAGCCUGGAAACCCAGAAGCCUUCUUCUGCUCCUACUCCCGCUCGCGCGCCGGUGAAGAUUACGGUACAGCCCCGACAGACUUCUCCAGGCGUCAAGCGCGAUCGAGAUGGCUCCGAGCGCCCCCAGUCACGCUCAUCACCAGCACCUCGACCGGCAGAGAGCUUGGAAUCAUGGGAGGACAAGACGCUGAAGCAGAUUUACCGUGUCACGCUGAAGGAGGGCGAGACUAAGGAUCUACAUGGACAGAAGCUGGUAUUUCUCCAAGGAGUCAAGAGCGAUGGCACGGAGCUUCUGACGGUGGACAACUCGGACAGCAUCCUUGCCGAGGGAGCAUCGCAUGUGAAUGGCAAGAUAUUCGAGUACUUCUUGCAGUGCUUUAAGCGUUCAGUCAAGGCGAGCAAGGAUCCGCGAAACUUGGGCAACGAGCAGAAGGCUGCAGUGCUGAAAGAGGCACGACGCAUGAGCAUGAGCUACUGCAUCUUUGCCAUCACCAUGCCAGACAUGUUUCCCGACUACGAGCCCACCACGAAUGCUUUGGUCGAUUGUCUUCUGACGGAUCCUGAGGGGGAUCAUGGUAUCUGCACAGACUUCUUGAAUGAAGCCGUAUCAAGAUGGGAAGAAGACGAUAUGAUUAGUGAAACUAUCGUCGGAGCUGCGGAAAAGUUGAGCCAACAACUUGCCCAGAAGGACAUGCUCGAUGACUACAUGAACUACAUUACGGCAAUUCGAAACUUGCUGCGCUUCUCCAAGAUCCUAGAUGCCGUCACGAGAUCACCUUUGUGGAUGCCGGAAGGUAUACAAGCCCAAGACAUCGAGACGAAAACUCUGCUUGGUCCUUUCUUCCGUCUGUCUCCCAUGCAACAAGCUGCUGCAAACAGUUACUUCUCAGCGCCCAAGACGAGAGACAAGGGCUUCAUCGCAAACGCGCAGAACGCCACUCGUAUGACUCUCAAGACCCAUCAGGAGCAGCUCUUUUUGAUCACCGAUGGCAUCGUCAAGACCGGCCCUGCCACGAGAGUCCGCAUGCUCGACUGGUUCGCAAUGUGCGUCAACAAGAAUCACCACAAGCGCGCCAUGCGAGUCGACUACAGACGCGUUUCCAGUGAUGGCUUCAUGGUCAACGUGACGAGUGUCCUCGACCGACUUUGUAGCCCCUUCAUCGAUGCCAGCUUCGGCAAGGUUGAUCGCAUUGAUGUAGACUAUCUUCGCCGAAGUCCUCGGGUCGAUAUCAAGGAUGAGACGAAGAUCAAUGCAGAUCAGGCCACCAGCGAUGCUUUCUACCAGACCCCAGCCGCAGGCACGAACAAUUUCAUUUCCGAGCUCUUCUUCCUCACCGUCGCCGCUCACCAUUACGGCACCGAGGCGGCACAGACGCGCAUGACUCUUAUGCGAAAGAGCGUCAAGCGGACGGAGAAGGAUCUCAUGGAACUGGAGAGCGAGCGCCACAAGUACUUGAAUGACAACCGCUAUCUAGCACGAUUUGAUGCCCACAUCAAUAAGAUUAAGAAGACAAUCGAUGAAACGUGGAGCACCAUUCAUGCCACUACUGGCGUCCUGCUUGACGACUCCACGCAAAAGGCCGCCAUGGACUUCAUGCGCUAUGUCAUGGUUUGGCUGCUUCGCCUAGCAAGUGGACAGAAUCUGCCAAAAGAGCAACUUCGACUUCCUCUGCCCUCAAAGCAGCCAGAGGCUUUCAAGUGCCUGCCCGAGUAUUUCGUGGAAGGCGUGGUAGACAACUUCAAGUUCGUUACAUCCAACAUGCCUCAAGCCAUUGUUCCGACCCAGACUGCCGAGCUUGUACAAUUCGCCAUUACGCUACUGCGUAGCAGCGAGUAUGUCAAGAAUGUCAGCGUCAAGUCUGGGCUCGUCACCAUUCUCUACUACGGCAUCAUGCCAUAUGCCAACAACAGACCUGGCGUGCUUCACGAUCAGCUAUUAGGAUCGGACUUUGCAAACACUCACCUCCUUCACGCGCUCAUGAAGUUCUACAUUGAAGCAGAGCAUACCGGUUCGCACACGCAAUUCUAUGACAAGUUCAACAUACGCUACGAGAUAUUCCAAGUGGUGAAGCGCAUCUGGAUCAACACCAAAUACCGAGAAAAUUUGGCGAUUGAGUCUCGUCACAACACGGCAUUCUUCGUGCAGUUCGUCAACAUGAUGGUGAACGAUGUCACGUUUGUGCUCGAUGAGUCGUUGUCGAGCUUAGCAAAAGUGAACGAGCUCACCACGGAGAUGGCCACGCCCUGGCUCAUGCAGGAAUUGACAGAAGAGCAACGCAAGGAAAAGCAAGAUUUGCUCGAGGACCACAAAGGUCGAGCCAAGAGCUUUUUGGGCCUCACAACUACGACCAUGGAGUCUCUCAUUCUCUUCACAGAGACCCUCGCUGAUGCAUUCACCAUGCAAGAGAUUGUCACUCGUCUCGCAGACAUGCUGGACUACAACCUGGACAUUCUCGUUGGAGAGAAGCGGAAGCAGAUGAUUGUCAAGGACGACGAUCUCCGGACGGUAUGGCAACCCAAGAGUCUUCUGGCAGAGAUCAUGACAGUGUACAUCAAUCUCUCGCAAAAGCAAGAGUUCAUCGGCGCCAUUGCAAAAGACGGUAGAUCGUACAAACCUCAAAAUUUCGCCAAAGCUCGAGACAUUAUGUCGAAUGGCGCAUUUAAAUCUCCCGAACAACUUCGCAUUUGGGAAGAGCUUGGUGUCAAGGUCGCAGAGGCAAAGGCCUUGGAUGAUCAAGAAGAGGCCGACUUGGGAGAGAUUCCCGAGGAGUUUGAGGAUCCUUUAUUGGGUAUUUUGAUGACGGACCCCGUCACUCUACCCAGCAGCAAGAGUGUUGUUGAUCGAAGUACGAUUCGGACUCAUUUGCUUUCGGAUCCUACCGAUCCCUUCAAUCGAGUGCCGUUGAAGAUUGAAGAAGUGAUUGAUAAUGUGGAGCUCAAACAGCAGAUUGAUGACUGGAGGGAGCAGAAAAAGGCCGAGCGCGCCAAGGUUGUUGCUGCUGCUGCUGCUCCUGCUGGGGAAGCCAUGGAUACGACCGAGGGAUGAGGUGACAAUCACCAUCCGAACACGAGUGUCUAUAUCGCCUGACGGAAUGAAUGGGGGUUUCGUUUUGACUCGUAUAGAAAGCACUUUUUUGAACGGCACUGUGCGCCUCUUGCAAAAAGUGUGGCGCGUAAGGUGUAUAGCAUAGCAGUGGAAAUGAUGAAAUGAUG